GUCGUAAGCUUGAUGGAAAGCACACACAUGCCAUUUCCUUACUAGUAGGCGUGUCUGAAAGAACAGCUUUCACUUCUGUCUGGCUGCUGCACCUCGCUGAACUAAGUCCUUCUUGAGAGAUGAGUUUCUACAGUGAUGCUUCCACCGAAGACAUGACUGACGAGUUAGAGACUUUGUGGUGGUACCAUUAUGACCUGUCCCGCCAUGCUGCAGAGGCCCUCCUCUUGUCCAAUGGAACUGAUGGAAGUUAUCUCCUGAGAAACGGUAAUGAGGGACCAGGCUGCUUCGCCUUGUCUGUCAGGGCAAAGGAUUCCGUCAAGCAUUUUCACGUGACACGCAAAGACAACGGCUAUGUGUUUGGGUUUAACGAGUUUGCAACCCUUCAAGAUUUUGUCAAUCACUUUGCUAACCAGCCUCUGCUGGGCAGUGACACAGGAACCCUCAUCGUGCUGAAGUGUCCAUACCCAUGGCGUGUGGAGGAGCCAUCUAUCUACGAGUCUGUGCGAGUUCACACAGCCAUACAGACGGGCCGCACAGAAAACGAUCUGGUGCCAAAUGCACCGUCGCUGGGCACAAAGGAAGGCUAUCUGGUCAAACAAGGAGCAAUUGUGAAGAACUGGAAACAGAGGUGGUUCACACUCAACAGAUAUGAACUCAGAUACUUCAAAGACAAAAUGUGUGUGGAGCCCAUACGAACUCUAGACUUGAGAGCCUGCUCUGCAGUCCAGUUUGACUACUCUCAGGAUAGAGUCAACUGUUUCUGCCUGGUGUUUCCUGAGAGGACAUUUUAUCUCUGUGCAAAGACCGGUGUGGAGGCAGACGAGUGGAUCAAGAUCCUGAGGUGGAAACUGUCACAGAUAAGAAAAGGUCAAUGUCAGUGAAGAUGCUGGAGAUGGAAAGCCGCCCCACCUUCAGAGAAGACUUCACAUCAGCUGGAUGAACAAUGAGGAAUAGCACUAUUAUAAACCUGAGAGUAACCACGAGUGUGAACAACACUGGGACCCUGGAGGCAAACAGCUUGGAUGUGACUCACUUUGCUUCAUGAAAUAUUUCUUGAGUUCAAACAUGCUUCUUUUCCCGUUUUUUCCUGUUAGGAGUCAUACUUUGCUGUUUUUCCCCAGAUGAUGUUUGUUUCUGGUAUGUUUAACACCAACAUCUACUUGAACAAUUAUUUAAAGGAUAUUGCUAGCAUUAUUCUAUAACACCAAAACCCACAUGUGUUUGUCCAUCAAUACUUUCUGACUUCUUGCCUGGUCUGUGGCUCUCAGCUCCAGCUCUUAGAGUGAAAACACUCAUCAGAAAACUCUACUGAGCAUUGCGGCUUGUGGAAUGUGGGACUAGCACUUGGGGUGGGGGGGCAAGGCCAAGGCCGAAAUACAUGGAAAUAUAAGGCUCUGUGGGUCCCCAGUAUCCAAGGUCAUAGGUUCUAAUAAUCUGUGGCUUUAGCUCAGCCAAAGCUAAGGUAUUUUUAAGGGGGUAUGGUCCCUUAUUCCUUUAAGAGUACUUUGUACAGAAAGAAAGCUCAAAACUCUUCUUCAGAUAUAUAAAAUACAAUUCAACAUUUAAGUAAGA